GUUGCUCUUAUAUCGCUUGAUGUCGCAUGAUGGUUCUCUGUCUCGGCUUUACAAACCCGUAGGCAGAAGAGAUUUUAUUUAUUUAUUCUCUAUCUUCUGAAAAUCAGCUGUGUUUCUUCUUUUAUUGUCCAUCCAUUGAGUGAACCUUGUCCAUUCUUUGCACAACUCAACAACUUCGGAAAGUAGUCCGUCCAACCCCUACAGUUGCUAUACAGAACAUACACAAAAUGCCUGCCUCUGCAAACAUCCCAGCCAUCGCGCUGCCCUUUGUCGGCGAGCGCGCCAAGAAAACCCUCGACCUGGUUGAAGAAUUCGUCGAGAAAGACUGUAUCCCCGCAGACCCAUUAUUCGAAGAACAAAUCGGCCAGGGCGAGCAACGAUGGAAUGCGCACCCACCCGUCAUCGAAGAGCUCAAGGCCAAGGCCCGUAAAUUGGGACUGUGGAAUAUGUUCUUGCCCAAGAACCACUUUAGCCAGGGAGCUGGCUUUAGCAAUCUCGAGUACGGUCUGAUGGCUGAAUACCUGGGGAAGAGUCGAGUUGCUUCUGAGGCUACCAAUAACGCCGCGCCCGAUACAGGAAAUAUGGAGGUGCUGGCUAAAUACGGAAACGAUGCUCAGAAGAAACAGUGGCUUACACCAUUGCUGGAGGGCCAAAUUCGGUCUGCUUUCCUGAUGACCGAACCCGACGUUGCCUCGAGUGAUGCCACCAACAUCGAACUCAGCAUCCGCCGCGAGGGGAACGAAUACGUCCUCAACGGCCAGAAAUGGUGGUCCUCUGGCGCCGGUGACCCCCGCUGCAAGAUCUACAUCGUGAUGGGCAAAACCGACUCUUCCAACUCAGACCCAUACCGCCAGCAAUCCGUUGUCCUGGUUCCCGCAGGCCUGCCCGGAAUCACCAUCCACAGAAUGCUUUCAGUCUACGGCUUCGACGACGCACCCCACGGCCACGGCCACAUCAGCUUCAACAACGUCCGCGUGCCCGUCUCGAAUCUGGUGCUGGGCGAAGGCCGCGGCUUUGAAAUCAUCCAGGGCCGUCUUGGUCCCGGCCGCAUCCACCAUGCCAUGCGCACCAUCGGCGCCGCCGAGCGUGCCAUCGAAUGGCUGAUUGCUCGUAUCAACGACGACCGCAAGAAGACCUUCGGCAAGCCGCUGUCGUCGCACGGCGUGAUCCUGGAGUGGCUGGCCAAAUCGCGCAUCGAGAUCGACGCCGCACGUCUGAUUGUGCUCAAUGCGGCGAUCAAAAUCGACCAGGGUGAUGCGCGCAGCGCCUUGAAGGAGAUCGCCCAGGCCAAGGUUCUUGUGCCCUCGACCGCGCUGACCAUCAUCGACCGCGCGGUCCAGGCCUAUGGUGCCGCUGGUGUAUGCCAGGAUACUCCGCUUGCGAACAUGUGGGCUGGCAUCCGGACGCUGCGUAUUGCGGAUGGCCCCGACGAGGUGCAUUUGCAGCAGUUGGCUAAGCGCGAGAACAAGCUUCGCAAGGACGCUGUUACGACCAAGUUGCACUGGCAGAGAGAUCAGGCUAAUAAGCUGUUGACGGCGAAUGGGUUCCAACCAAAGGCCAAAAUGUAAUGCAUACAGACAUUAAAUAUCUUUUAUCUUGUAGUUCCAUAUCAAGACGCCUUCUUUGCGUAUAUACCAUAUAAUCAAAAAUCAAUGAAAUGUAAAAUUCGUAUAU